AUGUCUGUUCAUUAUUCUAUUGCCAAUUAUGUAUCUUAUGAUGGAAUAUCACCUAAGUAUCAGGCAUAUCUGGCUGCCUUUUGCACUAUUCCGGAGCUUACAACCUUUGAAGAGGUUGUUCAAGAUCCUAGGUGGGUAGAUGCUAUGCAGGAUGAAAUUGCUGCCUUGGAAUCUAAUCACACCUGGCAUGUGGUCUCUUUACCUGAAGGCAAGGUGCCUAUUGGCUGCAAGUGGAUUUACAAGGUGAAGUACAAAGCUACAAGAGAGGUGGAAAAGUUUAAAGCUAGGCUUGUGGACAAAGGAUACAGCCAACAGGAAGGCAUUGAUUAUCAGGAGACAUUUAACCCAGUGGUCACGAUGGUUACUGUCAGAAUAAUCCUAGAUGUUGUUGCCUCUGAGCAUUAUCACAUUCAUCAGAUGGAUGUGUACAAUGCUUUUUUCAAGGGGACUUACAUGAUGAGAUCUAUAUGA